UCCCCUCCCCUCGCUCCCCCUUCCGACAGCAAGUGCGAGCUACUGAGCUCUGCUCUGCUCCGCCCCCCCACCCUCCCGUCGCGCGCGCGGCGGCCGCCGCCCUCCCUGAUCCGAGCGCCAGAGAAGCCGUAACUUUCUGUCUUUGAAGCCCAUUGGAGGUCCAAGAUCUUGUCGAUGUUCAUCUGGAGAUAGCAUGUCAUGUCUGAACAACAGGAUCAUGUCAGUAAAAGCUCCAGCUCAAGCAUCAGCACCAGCACUCAGGAAAGCGAGGAGGAGGUGUCCGUAACUAUCGGUAGCCUCCUCGCUCACGCAAGGAACGACAAAGCACAUAGUCUUGGGAGGCGUCUCUUGCAUUUGGGUUCAGUCCCGCACCGUCCUCGAGUUAAUGGAGAGAUCCCUAAUGUUGAUAAUGCAACCUUGGAUCAUGAAAGACUGUUGGAAAGGCUGGGGACUUAUGGUCUGGCCGAGUUUCAGAUAGAGGGAGAUGGAAAUUGUCAGUUUCGAGCUCUGGCAGACCAGAUUUUUCGCAAUCCUGAAUAUCACAAACAAGUGAGGAAGGCAGUCAUGAAGCAGCUAAAGGAAUUCAGAAAACGCUAUGAAGGCUAUGUACCAAUGGAAUAUAAGGUGUACUUGAAGAAAAUGAAAAGAUCAGGGGAAUGGGGGGAUCAUCUGACCUUACAAGCGGCUGCAGACCGGUUUGGUGCCAAAAUUUGCUUACUGACGUCAUUUAGGGACACCUGCUUAAUCGAGAUAGUCCCCAGGGACCUGACUCCGACAAGAGAGCUUUGGCUUAGCUUCUGGUGUGAAGUACACUACAAUUCCUUGUAUGCGACUGACGAUCUCCUGACUCGCAAAACUAAGAAGAAGCAUUGGUUGUUCUAGGGCGGUACCGACUUCCGGGAGAGAGGAGCUUCUCUUUGCUGCAGCUGUUCUUCUCCCUUGAGCUUAGCAGGGUCUGCAAUACUUUACUAGCGCUUACUGUUACUUUGUAAAAUCCAAGUUGAGACUGUUUUAGCACGCAGGAAUUUUACGGGAACACAUCCGCAAAAAUAUCGAAGCGUGGCCCAGGUUUGUGUAGGAUUAUGAGGCAAUGUACAGUAAACUUCGAUGUACUCCCUCCGUCCGAAAAUACUUGUCAUCAAAAUGAAUAAAAGGGGAUGUAUCUAGAUGUAUUUUAGUUCUAGAUACAUCCCCUUUUGUUUAUUUUGAUGACAAGUAUUUUCGGACGGAGGGAGUAGUAUUUAGCAAGGAAAAAACACAUGGAAUGUCCAACUCUCAGCUCCACGAGUCUUAUGUUCUACAGUGGCAACUGUGUUUCCUUUUUCUUUUUUCUUUGCGGUGUUAUCAGUCAAUGAUCAUUAAUUUGUUGGUCAAUGAUAUUUCCAUGCCGUAAAAUAUAUAUUUGAAUCA